AUUAAAACUAGAUUUAACGCCAAAAAUGUUCAGAUGAUGCACAUAUCUAGCAGGAUUUGGUGGUUCUGUUUCUACGGUUAUACCCGAUUACCAUAUUCAUUUCACUGACAGAACGUUUCGGCAAUAAUUUUUCCACAUAACCUGCUUUACUUUGCAUGCAUUUGAGACGUCUAUAAGAUAAUUUACGUGAAAAAUGCUGAAUAGUGAACUCUAAGUUCUCUUUAGUCGAAUAUUGCCGCACAGAAACUAAGAAACCUUUUUUACGAAUACCUAAUGUAAAAUUGUGAACAAAUGCCGGAAGGCUGCUAUUGCGUGCCUCCCAAAGACUGCCAAAAUGGCAGCGAUCACCACGUAAUCAUUUGAUAGCGGGUCGACAGUAACGCGACAGUGACACACUCUACAUGCUCUAUUAUAUUUUCCCUUUUUUACUGUUUUCUCAUGUUUUUUCCCUAUAGAUUUUGUUUCGAUUCACCGUGCAUCCGCGAGAUAAAAGAGUUGUUUUUUCAUCCGGCUUUUCAGUCCCCUGAUUUAAACCUUGUAAAGAUCUAAGAGUAAAUAUAUUUUACGAUUAAAUUCGUUUAUUUAUUUAAUAUGUUGAUCUAUAAUAGCGCAUAAAUUAUUUGUGUAUUGCUCUAUAAAAAUUAGAUUCGCUACAAAUGACGUACUAUGGAUGAAUCAUAGUCUGAAAAUACAUAAAUAGUCAUAUAGAAAUUUAUUUGAAUCGUAAAAUUCCUCGUAAAAAAACUCGCUAUAGCCGCCAGACAAUUAUAUUGCAAUUUUAAAAAUUCUAUCGUACUAAGUAGACUGAAGCAUUCCCUCACACGCCGUUCUUUCACGCUCUCUCUCUCUCUCGCAGGUAACCUUCUCGUGAUCUUCGUCAUUCUACGCAACCGGCGCAUGCGCACCGUCACCAACUACUUCCUCGCCAACCUGGCGAUCGCCGACUUCUGCGUCGGCGUCUUCUGCGUGCUCCCGGUCAUGUACUACCAGCUGUGGUACUACUGGCCGCUGGGCGACGUGCUGUGUCGCGUCUACGUGUUCAUGUCGGGCGCGUCGUAUACCGCUUCCAUCCUCAUACUGAUGACGGUCUCCGUUGAACGCUUCCUCGCCGUCAACUACCCGAUGAAAGUGAAGCAGAUCAUCACGCCGCGUCGGCUGCACGUUGCCACCGUCAUCAUCUGGGGCGUCGCCGUCGUCAACAACGUGCCGAAGACGCUCAUGUUCGGACUCGUCGACUACGGCGGCUUGUAUCUGUGCCUCAUCGACCCGUCGUUCAACGUAAACGCCUACGACGCCGUCAACUUCUGUCUCUGGUACGUCGUGCCGCUGGCCAUCAUCAGCGGCUUAUACACGAAGAUCGGCAUCACGCUCUGGCGAAGCUCGACCACCGCCAGAGGGUGCUGCGCCGCGCUCGUACCGCGCCGGUGGCGCAGUGUAGACUCGGCUGUUUACUACGCACCGCCGUCGGCGCUGCGCGCGCACCACACGGUCGAGCUGGACGCAGCACUUCGCGGAAAACCCGGCGCGACGACGACGCCGACGACGUCGUCGAAUCACAUGACAACGCGCGCGGAGAAGCGACAAAUCAACAUGCCGACGACGGGCUAUAACUCGGUGUCGCGGCCGUCGGCCACGAUGUCGUCGUCGGCGUCGGCCGUGCCGCCCUACUGCUGCUGUAGCGUGUCGAACCUGAGCGACGAGUCAUUGGACAGGACCAAGCUGCCCGUGUCUCAACCUACGGGAUCUACUCAGGGGCUGUCCAGCUGGGAUGCGACGCUGGUGCUGCGCAUGCGCAGGAACGACGCCGACCCGGCGAAUUCGGUGAACAUGAAGCGGCGGCGCGUCAUUCGUCUGCUGGUCGCCAUCAUCCUUGCGUUCGCUCUCUCCGUGCUGCCCUACCACGUGUACGUUCUGCACAUCAUCAUGAAGCCGCCGGCGCGCUACAGCGACGCCGAAAACUACUACUACGCCCUCUUGCGGCCGAUCGUCUUUCUGCUGCUUUACUCGAACAGCGCCAUCAAUCCGGCGCUGUACGCGUUCAUGUCGAACAACUUCCGCGCAAGCGCGCGCGAGGCCUUCCGCAGACGAGACGCCGCCGGCGCCAGCCGAUGCGCGAGCUACCCGGUCAACGCCACCUAUCGGAGCGUAUCGUACGCGAUGACGGCACAUCAGGUGUAG